UAGUGCCAAGAUGUCGGCGGCAGUCCCGGAGCUGAAGCAGAUAAGCCGGGUGGAGGCUAUGCGCCUGGGGCCGGGCUGGAGCCACUCGUGCCACGCCAUGCUGUACGCUGCCAACCCCGGGCAGCUUUUCGGCCGCAUCCCCAUGCGCUUCUCGGUGCUGAUGCAGAUGCGCUUCGACGGGCUGCUGGGUUUCCCCGGGGGCUUCGUGGACCGGCGCUUUUGGUCUCUGGAGGACGGUCUGAACCGGGUGCUGGGCCUGGGCCUGGGCUGCCUGCGCCUCACGGAGGCCGACUACCUGAGCUCGCACCUGACCGAGGGCCCGCACCGCGUCGUGGCGCACCUGUACGCACGGCAGCUGACGCUGGAGCAGCUGCACGCCGUGGAGAUCAGCGCGGUGCAUUCGCGCGACCACGGCCUGGAGGUGCUGGGGCUUGUGCGGGUCCCGCUUUAUACCCAAAAAGACCGAGUUGGUGGCUUUCCCAACUUCCUGAGCAACGCCUUUACCAGCACUGCCAAGUACCAGCUGCUCUUCGCCCUCAAGGUGCUCAACAUGAUGCCCGAGGAGAAGCUGGCUGAGGCUCUGGCUGCUGCCACCGAGAAGCAGAAGAAAGCCCUGGAGAAGCUCCUCCCAUCUUCCUCCUGAGCACAGUCCAUAGGCAGCUCCGGGAUGUGGUAUGGAGGCACUGGCCGCGUGUGCAGAAUGACAACCGGAGAGCCACCACAGAUGGGCAGGUCACCACUAGCAGUCGCCCGUGGCCCUAUGUCUGGAAACUCCUCAGUGAAGCUAACCAAGUUUCCACAGCGCCUAUGUGGCCUGGUAAGGAGAGCCGUGCUCUGGCCCAGCCUGAGCAUCUUUUCCACCUUAGAGCCUCAGUGAAGUGGCCAGCACAUGUGGGCAAAGGCCCUUCAUUCUGUAAAUAAAAUACCUGUACCUUG